CAAAAAAAAAAACUCAUAAGCAUUAGAAUUUGCUAAAUCCAUCAUAUCAUGAAUAACAAAGUCAUUCUAGCUUUCCUGGUUUGCUUCCUCCUCAUUGCAUCCAAUGAGAUGCAAGGAGGAGAGGCAAGAGUUUGCGGAAGGCGUAGCUCGACAUGGUCAGGGCCUUGUUUAGACACUGGGAAUUGCAACCGGCAAUGUAUUAACUGGGAGGAUGCUCGCUCUGGAGCUUGUCACAGAGAAGGCAUUGGAUCUGCUUGCUUCUGUUAUUUCAACUGCUAAAUCAAAAAUAUGUUUGAAUAAGGGCCUCCAAUUUUACUAAGAUUGGACAAGUACCCAUAUAGUUGUGUUGGUUUGUUGAAUUUACGUAUCGUUUCGUAAUGCAAUAU